UUGAAAUAUCGAGCAGCAGGCGUUUUAAUGGUCUAAAGCCCUGUUACCAUGCGUUCAGUGAGGCUUGUUUAAUGGCUGCGCCAGACAAUGACAAAGCGCUCCAAGGGAUCAUCUUCACUCUCGCAGUACUUGUGGGGAAGUCAGGACAGAUUUGUCUUCCCAGAAGUGUUGCAUAUUUCUCACACAGAUGUAAAUGAGACUCUGCAGUAUGUAACUCGUGCUGCCAAUAAUUGCCUUCUGGAAAGAGUCGUGGCAGUCAUCAGUGGACAAUGUUCCACAUGGGUGUCAGCAACAAAGCAGCCUCCAGCCGCUCAAUCCAAAGUCUUCCGUGGAAGCCACUAGAAGCAUAGCUCGGCUCAGCGGAGGACCAGAAGUUGAGACAUCAGUGUGAACGAUGGAGGUGAAGGUGGAUGUACUUUCAGAAGACGUGGACUUCACCCAAAAUGGUGAUUGGUCCACGAUUCACAGCAGGGAUCCCAAAGGAACCAACAGCAACCUGAAGGUAACUAAUCAUCAGCAAAGGAACGAACAAAUGUUAAAUGCACAUUUCUAUUAACUGUGUUUGUUGUAUUGUUUAAAUCAAUGCUGCAGAAAUACAUCUCAGUUCCAAGCUUCUGCAGCCCCUCUGCAUGCACACCAAGCCCUUCAUUCUGUGUUUGUGUUUGUCGAGGUCAUGUUUGAGGAUGUGAUAGCAGAACCUCCCUCCGUGCGGAGCUUUGAUAGAGUUUGGCUGGGGAGUCACGCCCUGUUCGAGGUGUCCAGGCUGUGGUGCUACCGCUUCCUGUCUCUCCUGUUGGCUGUACCCAUGUCCCUGGCGGCGGGGGUCCUCUUUGCCAUGCUCAGCUGCCUCCACAUCUGGGUCAUCAUGCCCUGUCUGCAGCUUCUUCACAUCUAUAUGCACUGGAUCAAGGCUGUGUGGGCCAGCAUACUGAAUAUUUUUAUCAGUCCUUUCUUUAGCAGCGUUGGGAAGUGCUGUGGGCAAAUCAGGGUACAUCUCACAGAAGGUGGUGGAAGCAGAUGUUCAGACUGUGGGUAAAAAAACUGUUUUAUCAGAGACAAAGUCAACAAAUCACUUAAUAUUCCUUAUAUUUCCUCUCGUGUUCCAAGACCACAUCCCCCCAAGGAUAGUUUUUUCAUAAAUCAAACACAAAAGCGACAACAGAAAACUAAUAUGUAUCAAAAUGUGAGUCUUUGUGUCCAAGAGAGACAUUGGCUCAUUAUUUAUUGUCUUAUAGUGCAUUGGUAACAAGGUAAUUUCUCCUUUUUGGGAUAAAUACAGUUCCGUUCUAUACAUUUUUAUUUUAUUCCCUUCUAUUCCAUUCUAUUCUAUUCUAUUCAGUUACAUUCUGUUCUAUUCCCUUCUAU